GAGGGAGAUCACCGCUGGAUCAACUCCGUUGCUCGAGCCCUGCAGUUACUGAACUCCCUGUACGGACCUUUUGGCAAGACCUAUGGGAUUGGCAGGUGUGCCAAGAUGAGCUACGAGCUGUGGCAGGAGCUGGAGGAGGAGAGUGAGGGCGAUGGCCAGGGCAGGAAGCCUGAGAUUGGCAACGUCUUCCUCAUGGACAGAGACACGGACUACGUGACGGCACUGUGCUCCCAGGUGGUGUACGAGGGGCUGGUGGACGACACCUUCCGCAUCAAGUGUGGGAGCGUGGAUUUUGGGCCAGAUGUCACCUCUUCUGACAAGAGCAUUAAGGUGCUGCUCAAUGCCCAGGACAAAGUCUUCAGCCAGAUUCGGAAUGAGCACUUCUCCAGCGUGUUUGGCUUCCUGAGCCAGAAGUCGCGUAACCUGCAGGCGCAGUACGACCGGCGCCGCAGCAUGGACAUCAAGCAGAUGAAGAACUUUGUCUCCCAGGAACUGAAGGGACUAAAGCAAGAGCAUCGCCUGCUGAGCCUGCAUAUUGGUGCCUGCGAGUCCAUCAUGAAAAAGAAAACCAAGCAGGACUUCCAGGAGAUGAUCAAGGCUGAACAUUCUCUUCUGGAGGGCUUCGACAUCCGCGAGAGCACCAGCUUCAUAGAGGAGCACAUAGACCGGCAGGUGUCCCCCAUCGAGAGCCUGCGCCUGAUGUGCCUCCUGUCCCUCACGGAGAACGGUCUCAUCCCCAAAGACUACCGCUCCCUGAAAACCCAGUACCUGCAGAGCUACGGGCCUGAGCACUUGCUGACCUUCCACAACCUCAAACGCAUUGGGCUGCUGACUGAGCAGUCAGCUGGAGAGACCCUGACUGCUGUGGAGAGCAAAGUCAGCAAGCUGGUGACAGAUCGUGCUGCCGGAAAGAUCACAGAUGCGUUUAAUUCUUUGGCCAGGAAGAGCAAUUUCCGAGCCAUAAGCAAGAAGCUGGGGUUGGUAUGUCCUCGUGGGGCUGCUG